GUGGUGGGUUGUCUUCUUCUCUCCAUCCGGUACGCUUGGCUCGUGUGAGGUUCCCGUGGGAAUGGCAGAGUCGGACGGUGCCGAGUACCGCUGCUUCGUCGGCAGCCUGUCCUGGAACACCGACGACCGCGGCCUCGAGGCUGCUUUCAGCCCCUUCGGCGAGAUCCUCGACGCCAAGAUCAUCAACGAUCGCGAGACGGGGAGGUCCCGCGGCUUCGGGUUCGUCAGCUUCUCCAGCGAGCAGGCGAUGCAGGACGCCAUCGAGGGGAUGAACGGUAAGGAGCUCGACGGCCGCAGCAUCGUCGUCAACGAGGCCCAGUCCCGCGGGUACGGCGGCGGGGGUGGCGGCAGGUACGGCGGCGGCGGCGGCGGAGGAGGUGGCAGGUACGGCGGUGGUGGUGGGUAUGGCCAGCGCCGCGACGAUGGUUACGGGGAUGACGGCUACGGCGGUGGCCGGGGUUACGGAGGCGGACGCUAUGGCGGUGGCAGGGGGUACGGCGGGCGGCGUGACGGCGGCUACGGCCGCGGAGGCAACUCCGACGGAUACUGAAGGAAAGGAACUGAGGGAGGACCCCACGCGGCCAGUCAUCUUGCGAGUUCGCCGUCGUGAUCCCGAGUUAUUUUGUCUCUUGUGUUAUGUGGUUUCCCAUUUGUGUUUUUGAUCGCAAGCUCGUCGGUAGUUGGCUGUUAUGGAAAAAUUAGUUAGCUGUCCCGGUGAAGAAAAUCGAUCAAGUAGUGGAGUCAGUAUCGUGCUAUCUUGUUACACUUUCGACGCAAUCCCAAUGUGGGGAUGUGAUGCUAAUGUUAAACUCUGUUACCAAUUU